AUGUCACUCCUCAAAAUCCCACUCAUUCUCUCAUCUGCUAUCGCUGUGCACGUAGCGUUCACACCCCCCCAGGUCGCCUCUAAGAAUGAGGUUGUCCAUGAUACUUUUAAUGAGUGGGUCAUCAUUCAGCACGUCAAAUACGGGCUCCCGAUCACAAAGGCAGUUUACUGGGCUGUUUCUCUCGCAGAAAUCGCUAUAGCCGCCUCUCGCAUGGCAGGCCCCAACACACUUCCCAGCGUGAUACAAAACACACAGUUGUUGCCGUGGGAGGAUACCUCCGCUGGUCGUGUUUUCGCACCCUUGGUCGUUUUUUUCACAUUCGAGCUCACUGCCCAAAAAAAGCACCAGCUUAUCACGACUGGACCAUACUCGAUCGUACGCCAUCCAGCCUAUUCAGCAGUCGUUGUGCAGUACAUCGGUAUAGUGAUGUUGCACGGAUCGGGGACUUCAUGGCUUAGACAAUCAGGGGUAUGGGGUAUCCCUGGACUGAAAGCGGUUAUGUUGGCAUGGCUGGUGGAGAGAACGAUUACUGUGACAAGCCUCGUGCGUAGGAUCAACCAAGAGGAGGAAGUCGUGAAGUCAAUGUUUGGAGACGAAUGGCAGAGGUGGGCAAAGGUAGUAAGAUACCGGCUCAUACCCGGCAUCUACUAA